UAGUCUGCUAUCGUACCAAAUCUGCAUUAUACUAUAUUGCAAAUUUGGUACGUUACCAGACUACUGUUAUAAUUACAGUCUAAUUUGUAGUUGGCCCAAAAGGAAUUAAGUUGUAAGACCUGUUAAUUGUUCUACUCAAAGCAAACCUCCUUGCUCAAAGCGACUUGGCUGACAGUGUGUUCUGUCCAGUUUUCUCAGAAAAAAAGCCAACCCAAGAUGUCUUCAAAAGAAGUAGAAACACAGAUGUUUGACGACCAUUGCAAAAGUGCCCGAGAAUACCUGGAAUUCAAUUGGCCUGACGUGAUGGCAAUAGACGACGUGGAUGAGGGAGCGGCUAUGCCAUGGAUCAUGGAUCAGUUUCAUCGGACCUUUACCGAAGACAGAGACUUUGGUGAAAGACUGUUGGACGUUGGAACAGGCCCGACAAUUUACCAGCUGAUAAGCGCCAGCCGAGUUUUACCACAUAUCGUCUGCUCGGACAUUCAUCAGGGAGCCCUGGAGGAGGUUAGAAAAUGGAAGAAUGGAGAUGCAGGCGCUUUUGACUGGAGCUCUGCAAUGCAACAUGUCUCUGGAUUGGAGGGCACAGGAUGGGAAGAACGCCAAGAUCAACUGAGACGUGCCAUCAAGGACACAGUGUUCUGUGACGUGCAUAAUGAGAACCCUCUACAUCCGGCUGUGUUCCGUCCGUUUGAUACCAUUAUCUCGACGUACUGCCUGGAGGGAGCAUGUUUCAACAAGGGGAGGUCGACCUACAAAAAAGCCGUGAAGAACGUUUGCUCCCUACUGAAGCCAGAUGGCUACAUCAUCUUACUGUCCUACAUCGGGGUUACCUACUAUCUCAAAGACGGUAAAAAGGACCCGGAUAAUCUUCGCCUCGACACAGACUUCGUCUUGAAGAAUCUAUCUGAAGCAGGCAUCACGGUUCUGGAGGCGUCUGAAUUUAAAACUCCUGACAGGGAGGCAUGCAGUUAUAGCGAUGUAAAGAGUAUCCUGUACGUAGUGGGCAAGAAGUAUUUAAAAGGAGACUACCUACGUCUCCUGAGCGAGAACAACGAUCAUUGUGUUUGAAAAAAAACACAGGCCUGCGACGAUAGGUUAUGAUAGAGUAAUUGUUUGUUAGUUAGUUUUUUUAUUAGGAUCUCUAUUAGUGAACGUUAUACCACUAUUUUACCUGAAGUCCGUGACAACGUAUGUACAGUUAAACUUAACAUAAGGAACAAAACCUUAGUAUACAAUUCUUUUUAACAGAAUAAGUAACGAAAAGUAUGGUUUCUUUAGAAAUUAAUUGUCGUUCAAAGUUUAAGAUGAAUGUUAGGAAUAGUUUUAAACUUUUAUCUUGUACGAUUUCAAUGUGUUGUCUUUUUCUGCUGUGUGUAAUUAUUAAGG